AUGACCAAGUUUACUCUUGUCUUGUAUAUACUGUUGUAUUAUACAGCUUUUGUAUUGAUAUUUCGUGUUUCUGUGGACGACUCUGGAAAUUGCCUUGUUUCUAACAAACUACAAUAUCGCUUAUUGACUGGGAGCAAAAGAAAGAGUGCUGCUGAUUCUGUUGUUACAAAUAUCACCGAUUCUUGGAUAGACCCUCAGGUUACUACAAUCCCUACCGAAAUGAGCGCUAAUAUUAGAACGGCAUAUGAUGAAGCUUUAUAUAAUGGAGAAUUUGGACUUCUGUUGAAUGUCGUUCCUUCUUCUAUUCUUUUUGGUAUGCAUACAAAUUUUAAACUGUAUUCAUCUUAUGUGAUAUGGUCAAGACGUAUUCCUACUGAAGAUCCGUGGUAUACGAAAUCGUUCAUCUAUCAGCGAGAUUCCUGGGAACAGUCCUAUUUGGAAUUGUUGAAAAGAGUCAAAGAAAUUUACCACCAAUCAGAGUACAAUCGGCAUUUUAACAACUCCCUGUUUCGAAAGAGCAAGUAUUCUACUGCCACUAUUCGCUUUGUGAAUAAGACAGACAGCCCGUUCUUGGAUGCUCAUAAUAUUUGCAUGCAUCCAUCGUACGAGUGGAAAGUGUAUCUCCCGUCAGGAACAAUGAAUUUUCACUAUCCUGACGAUCAAAGUUUCCGAUGGACUCAUGUUCUUCGUUCAGUGAACACAAAGCUUCCGAAGAACGUCAACUGGAUAGAAAAUGGCUGCUAUUUCGUUUUUCAGCCCUGCGCAACGCGUCAUAUCGGCCAUUUCGUUGAGUCGAUCAAUCACGCUUUGCUCAAACUGCGAUAUCCGUCUUUCUAUCCUCCUCUCACUGACUUGUAUAUCCCCAAGUUUUUCAGUGAUGAAUUUGAAUGGUCAAAGUCUUACUUGCAACUGGUUUUGAGCUUGUUUCCGGAUAAUCUCAAGCCCGCACUUCAUUUAGGAAGCAGUUUCUCGGCAUACCCGGCCGUUUGUUUCCGAUCCGCUGUGUUGGUGGAUCGCGUGCGAUUCCACAUGGAUGGAGCCUUGUUUGCUGGCUUUUUUCCGCUCGAUCUAAUGAAAGCAACGGCGUGGCGGCACGCCAACGUUCAAUCCAGACAGAAUGGACCGACUCAUCUCUCUUUGCUUUUGGUGGAUCGAAAGAAAUCGCGAGGCUUCACACUGCACGAUGCUUGGGAAGUAGCAGUUUCUUACAAGUUUAUGGAAGGAUUAUCGUUCCAGGAGCAACUGCAACUCUUCUAUAACUCAGAUAUUGUGGUUUCUCCGCAUAGCGCUAGUUUCAUCAAUCUCAUUUUUACGGUUCCUCGCACGGCGGUCGUCGAGUGCUAUCCGCCUUAUUUCUAUGAGAACUGGUAUUCGAACACGGCGAUGAUCUCGCGUGUGCAUUACAUUGCGGUCUCGAGCUUUGUUCGUAAUGGGAAAGCGAUGAGUUCGUGGAGAGAAGCAGAGGAAGCCUACGAGAAUGGAAGAUUCUUUUUCAUUCGAAGGAGGUUUGUGGACAAUAUGGUUAGUCCUCCUCGGUUCAAAAUGCUUUCCGCUGUACGGGAUGCAAUUGAGUAUUCGAAACGGUGGCGGUUUGUGUAUGAGGCGAAUGAUAAGUGGUCUGCAGUCUUCAUUUAG